CGCGGCCUGGGCCGGGAGGCUGAGUACUUUCUGGGAGCAUUGCGAACGUUGGAUCUAAGCUGUAAAGGUGGAAACCCACCGUAUCCCUGUGUGUGUGUUUGAGCUGAGUUUUUUUUUUACCCUGAGAUGCACUAGGUUCAGAGAAGCCAAGGAAGGACACGGCUGGCUGGAGGCUGCGCCCUUCAGUUGUCAAACUUUCCCAAGAAGUUCCAGGCUGGUCCUGUUACUGAGAACCAAGCUGCAGGCCUUUACAAAGCAGCUGGCGAGGAAAACCACCAGUUUUAUGGUUAUGUUGGACAACUUAGAUCUUCAAGUUAACCUAACCAGCAUGGAGCGCCAUGUCCCUGUCCACCCUUUACCUGAAGAGAUCCAACAGAUGCGCCAGGAUGAGACAGUUUGCAGAUAUUGUGGAGUUAGUUAUCUAAUACAUCGUGAAUUCAAAUUAAUGGAAGAGAAACUGAAAGCAAUGGAAGCAGAAAUGGAAUUUUACCGUGAAAGUGUUGAACGUGAAGAGAAGUUGCAAAGGGAGCUUUGUUCAAUGAAGCAGCAUAUGGAACAGUUGAAAAGUGAUCAUCAGCAGAAGAAGGAAAGUUUGAAUUUCUUGAGUUUAGAACUUGCAACUAAGCAGGAAGAACUGGAGGGCAUGUGUUUGAAAAUGGAAGACAAUUGGAGACAGCUCGUAGCAGUUCAGAACAAAUCAAAACUUUACAGGGAAAGAACAAAGCAGCAAGCGCACAUCAUUGAUCAAGCAUCCACUUUCCUUCAGGGAAUAAAGAUUGAACUGGCCCUGUUUAGAGAAGAUGUGCAAAGUAACUUGGUGAUAUGGGAACCUUUCAGCAAAACACUGAUGCAUUACCUGCAGGCCACCGGAGACGGUGUACAGAUGGAAAUGUUUGGAUUGCGAGAGAGUCUUAAGAAAUCCACUCAAGAGGUAGAGUUCCUUCAACAGCAAGUAAAAGACCUACAGCUUUCUUCAGACACGAUUACACUACAAAUUGAUCAAAUCCAUGUUUUGGAACAGAAAGAAGCUGAACUCGAAAUCAAAUGUUGUGAAUCAGAGAAACAGGCACUUGAUCUAAAAAAUCAGCUCAUGAUUCAGCAGCUUAAUUUCCAAAAGAUUGCAGAAGAAAUGGAACACUGCAAGGAAUUAUUACUGAAUAAAUCAAAGGAGGUGGAAGAUCUUCUCUCAAGGCUAACAGUACUGGAGUGUGCACAUGAUGAGAGGGAAUCAAGAUAUUGCAAAGAGAUUAAAGAAAAAGAGAAACAGUGGCUGCAGUGUGAACAAAAGUGUAAGAGUUUAGAAGAACAGCUAGAAAUCAAAGUUUGCCAGGAGUCAGAAAUACAAAAUCGAUCAUCAGUCUCACAAAAUGAAAUACUGACUUUAAAAACUGCCCUAAGUCAGGCAGAAGAGAAGCUGGAGGCAUUGAAACAAGAAAGGGAACAGAUGGUGAUUUCACACCAGAACAGGAUUAAACAGCUUCAAGAACGUCUUCAACAGAUGUUAGGUGAUGAAGAUAACUGGAGGGCAAAAAUAGAUGCAGCGCUAUCGAAGCAACAGGCACAUCACCGCACAGAGCUUAAGGAAUUAGCACUACAAAUGAAGGAAGAAGCAAAGAUUGAAAUUGAUACAGAAAGACAAAAACAGCAAGAAUUAAUAAAUAAACACAACAAAGAGCACGAGACAUUACAGACACAGGUCUCUGACUUGAUCAGCGAUGUGACCAAAGCAUUACAGUUAGAAUUGAGCAAGCUGAAGAAAAAGCUUCAAGAAACUCAGUGCCAGUUAUUGGAGAGUGCUCGUUCUAAAGAUGGUAAAAUCUAUAACUUGGAAAAGGUAAUCUUGCAACUAGAGACACAGCUGAAACAAGAACAAAGCAAAGUAGAAUCCGUGACUGAGGAACUGAGGACUGAAAAACAGCAAAAAUCAAUCGAGUUGAGAGAAACACAUCAGGAGUUACAGCGGCUAACAGGUGAACUAGACCAGGCCAAAGAAGAGAAUACAUUUCUUGAAGAAACUGUGCGUAGAGAAUGUGAGGAACGCUAUGAACUCACUGAGGCUCUUAGUCAGGCCCGAGAACAGUUGAUGGAACUAAAGAGUCUCAGUAGAGAACAUCCACAUUCUCAACGUUCAAUUAGCCAAAGAAGCCUGAGUUCAUCCUCAUCAUCUGCAGGCAGUUAUAAGAUCCAAAGAAGCCUCUCCAGCACCAGCAGAACUAAACUUAGUGGCUUGCAUGGGCUCCUGGUGAAUGCAAAUGCCUCAAAUAAUGCUGGAACCACUGCUUUACCAAUUAUACCAGUACCACAGCCAUCAAAAGGGAGAGCCUCAUCUGUUAGUGAAAUCAAACAGAGGAUUGCAGCUGCUGUAAGAAGAAAGUAAGCUUCUCUCAAAAAAAAAAGUAAAACAUUGCACGAAAACCAAUCUGCUUGGACUAUUCAUCUGAUGUUAAUGUAUAUACAUACGUAUAUAUGUUAAAUAAAAGUAGAUUCUAACAAUGCACUGAAAUUGUGGGCCAUUGGGUUUUCUGCCAAGAAUGAUUAAUUGUUGUGUAGCUUUGCAAAACCAUAAAUUGCUUUUAACUAAAGCUAAAUAUAUUCUCUUGCCCAAUGAUUCUGGAAAAUAGAAAAUUUUUUCUGACCCCGAAAAGUUUCUUCAGAUCCAUUUACAUCAGAAUUGCGUGGAAUGGUCAGCACAGAAAUUGAUCAUGCAACCUACUGAUAUAUGCCAGUUCUUAUGCUCCACAUGAAUCUCCUCCCGCACAUCUUCAUCAAAUCCUAUUGGCAUAUGUUUACAUUCCUUUCCCCUUUAUGUUUUUGACCAGCUUCCCCUAAAAUCCAUCUCUGUGUUGGACUGAAUGACUUACGGGAGCAUGUUUCAUAUUCUGACCACUCCUGUUAAGAAGUUUCCCUUCAACUGCCUAUUGGAUUUGUUGAUGAGUACAUAUUGGUACUUAUGACCAGGAGUUUUGUUUGUCCAUAAGUAAUAAUUAACUUCCUUGCGUUGACCAUAUUAAACCCCUUUAAAUCUUCUUAAAAACAAAUACAGCUCUCAUUCUUCUCUUUUUCAAAGUCUCUGAGCUUAUUAAAUCUUUAUGACGAUGUACAACUUUUCAACUAUGAUAUUUUUCACAUCCUUUCUUGCACUUUCUCUUGUAUCUGUUUGUUACUUUUAUAACAUAAAUAUCUGUAAACACCUAAGUGAUUUAUGAUCAGGAUAGUAAAGUGUGUAGC